AUGGUAAAGGCACCCUUAUUAUCAACCGCUUCCCAGCAGCAGCAGCAGAAGCCGCAGUGCCCAAAGGAGAUCAUCCACCAGCCGUCCUCGAUCGUGCUUUCCGCGGCCACACCGUGCUCCUCCGCUCAGGUGUUGAUCCAGCCCCAGCAACAGCAUCGCCAUCAUCCCCAUCACGUGCAUCCUGUUCCGCUUCCGCAGCAGCCAGCACCCCAGCAGCCGCUCUUCAGUUAUCCUCCGCCACUGGCCGCAGCUGGCACGACACCAUCCCACACGGCGUACUAUCCGCUUGGCACGGUGAAAAAGCACAGGCGGGUCCAGAUCCAGAUGGCCACGGAACCACCGGGUGGCGUCGGUGUCGGUACGGCGGGUGGCAUCGUGGUAACAAAAACGGCCACAACAGCCGCCAUCGCAGUGGUUGCCCCAACGGCACGCAACGUUGUAGCCAUGGCCACCGGAACGAUGAGCAACUGUGUCACGACAGGAGCUGCCCCAACGGCAGUCUGUAGCGGAGCCAAUGCCGCCGUGGGAAUUGUUGCCACGAGCCAAGCACAGCAACCGAUCCUUACGCUGACACCCAGCACAGCAGCCCCAACGGGGAUGAAGAUGAAUCAACCGACGCUACAACAUCAACGGAUCCAAUCGUUGCACCACAUCCAUCACCAUCAUCACCAUCAGCUGAUCAAUAGUAUACCGGCCACGACGGGCCAACGUAUGCCGGCCAAUGCAGCGGCCGCGGCGGCUGCUGCUGCAGCGGCUGCAACCCACACUGCUGCCACUACCGCCGGUUGGCCGAUGGUUGAACCGGUGUUUCAUUUCGGGCCCGGGUUCGAGCUGGAAACUCGCCCAUUCUGUCCCACGCAUACGCAUCCGUCGGAGCAUGUCGUCCUGUUUCACGUUCGUCCUGGCGUGGCUGUCACGUUCCAAAUCGCCGGCAACCGAGAGACCAUUCGAGGACCCGUUACACUGCCAAUGGUGUCGCAGAAUGGCACUCCGCCGAUGGCAAUGCCGAUGCAGGUGCCUCACGGACAUAUGAUGCAGCAAAUUGUGGACGAAAACGGAACGUUGCGACACGUUAUCCUAUCUACCCAGCCACCGCAGCAGCUCCGGCAGGGUGGUGUUCAACAUCACCUACAUCCUUCACCAUUUAUAAAUGGCACAACGGCACCAUUUUUCAGUCCGAUCGCCGCCAGUUUCCCAGCGGGACCUGGUGCCGGAGCACCGCAAAUGUACCCACCGCAGCUGAUUGGAGCAAACGGUGGAAAUGCCGGUGGAACGGCUACGGGAGCUGGAGUUGCUGGCAACCACGGUCUGCACACUCCACAGGGCAACGUCACACAUUCACCAUCGCCUCCACACAGCAACACCAGCUACCAUAAAGAUGAACGGGCCCAGCGGCAGUAUUCUAAGCUGCAUCGAAAGCUCGACCAAAAGCAGCGGGAAUUAAACGCAUCUGCAACGACGCCGAUCAAUUCGCCCAGAAAACAUGCCGAGCUGAACGGGAGCGGUGGAGGCGCCAGGAAAUCUCACACUCCCCAUCAUCUGCUGCCUAAUCAUAUGAAUCAUCGCAAUGGUACAGCUGCCGUCAAUAUUACUGCACCGUUGACUACUUCCGAGGAGGAAACGUCUAGUGCUCCGGACGAAGAGGACGACAACACCCAGUCGAUCAUUGUGGAUCAUCUGAGUUCUGUGCCGUCACCGCAAGUGACUGAAAUUACUCCACGAACGGCUCUGCUUCAGUGGUCGCCACCAACUUCGACGGCUGCACAGGUGCCCGUGGUACCUACAGGAACUGUUCCUGGUGUUGCUCCAGCAUCCAUUCCUGUGGAGCCACUUCCCUUCAACGUGCAAGAUUUGCGCUACGAGGUGCUAUUGAGCGACCAUGGCAAGGAGAACAAGUACAAGAGCAUUUUCAAGGGCUCGUCGUUGUCGUGCAAGGUGCAGGACUUGCGACCAGGCCAAGAGUAUACGGUACGGUUGCAGGUGUACUUGGAUCAGUUGCACGGUUCACCCACAGAGCCAACCGUGUUCAUCACACCUGGUUGCGAGCCGGACGUUCCUGCUCCGCCCAAACUUCUCGCUCGUACCAAGAACUCGUUGCAGCUGCGCUGGAAUGCUCCUGCCGACAAUGGAUCGCACAUCUUGCACUACAUUCUAGAGUGUGAUAAUGGCAAGGGCAACAGUUUGAUGCAACAGCAGCAGCACCAGCAAUUGAGUGGGUACGAGUUCAGUGAGGUGUGCAAGACGAAGGGAAAGCAAUUUCAAGUCAAUAAGCUGCAACCAUCGACGUACUACGUAUUCCGGUUGUCGGCGGUGAAUGAGUAUGGUCGCGGUGGCUUUUCUGAUCUGGUAAAGUACAGCACUGUCGGUAACGCACCAGCACAGCCCGCUCCGCCAACACUGAGACAGGCGACAGCUACCACGCUGAAGCUGGCUUGGCAACGUCGGUCGUCAUGCGAAGAAUAUACUCUCCAAAUGAACGACGACCAGGGUUAUGGCUACAGGAACGUAUACAAUGGCAUGGAUACGCUGUACGAGUGCAUGGGGUUGAGGCGAGCUUCUACAUUCCAAUUUAGAUUAAGAGCCGAAAACGACAACGGAAGGGGACCGUGGAGCGAGGAAGUUGUCUUUCGAACUCUACCAACGUGCCCGGGCCGACCGGCCAAGCCACAGGUUAAGGGCAAGGUGCAUUCAAACGGCUUCAAAGUGAAAUGGGAUCCCCCGCACGAUACCGGAGGAGCCGAAAUCGCUCUGUACCAUCUGGAGAUCAGCUCCGGGGCACUUUACGAACGGGUUUAUAGUGGUAAAGAGUCUGAGGCGACUAUCGAGCGACUGAAUCCCGGCACGGCGUACCAGAUCCGUGUCCUGUGCGAGGGUCCUGGGGGAAUUAGUGCAUUUUCGGAACCGUGCCUGGUGACUACGGAACCGGUUACACCCGGGUUACCGCAGAAGCCUUUCUGCAAGUCUCCUCCAACUCCGUAUGCGGCCUGUCUGGCCUGGGAAAAGCCAGAUUAUAACGGAGGCUCUCCCAUACUCGAGUACGAGAUGGAAAUGGAAACGGUCGGCACGAAGGUUCGCAGCACGGUGUACCGAGGUAAGGAUAUGUUUUGUGUCGCGAAAGAUUUGCUGCCAGGUGAGCAGUAUACGGUGCAGGUGCGGGCUUACAACCGCAUCGGUGCAGGCCCAUGGUCAGAAGAGUUUACAUUCAGUGCCGGAGCAGCUCCACCAGAAUCGCCGCGCGAUCUGUCGAUCGUCCUGAAGUCUCCAACGCAAUUAACUGUGGUGUGGGCAGAGCCUCACAGCAACGGAUCAGCGAUAAGCGAAUAUAUUCUUCAAUCCAGUGCCGAUUCUAACGUGAUGCCGUCAAUCGAAGAUCAGACCAACGGUGGUAAUGAUGCUAACGGCACCAACAACUACCAAACGGUGUACCGAGGUGCGCAACGUUCUGCUGACGUGCGCAAUCUUCAUCCGUAUUCACGCUAUCAUUUCCGAGUGUGCGCGCUGAAUGCGGCCGGUUGUUCCCGGUACUCGUUGACGAUUGCACAGCAGAUGCCGGCGGCGGCACCAAACGCACCCACCGUCGGUGGGCAGAAGAUCACGGCCAAGAGCAUACUUAUUAGCUGGCAAACACCGCACGACAACGGCUCCCCAGUGACGCAUUACAACAUCGAGUGUGGCGAUCGCUUGAUCACGACGGACGCUCACAGUGCCAGCGCUGCAGCCAUUGCAGCUAACUCGCCGGAGCACUCUGCUGCCGGUUACAAUGAUGAAUACGAUGACGAGUACGAGGAUGAGGAGGAGGAAGAAGCUUCCAUCGGUAGUGCUGCCUCGACAGACGCGGAGGAUGAGCCCACAGCGGUUUCAUCGGCUGCAGCGAGUUUAAUAGAUAGCAAACUAGGCAAAUUGUCCUCCUCUCAGGUGGCUAAUGGAAGUCCAGCGCAUUCCACCAAGAGUGGCAACAAGGUCCACAACACGCUAAAUUCUACGACGGGUGGUCGCACGAGUAGCAGUAACAUGCUGUUGAUCAGCGAUCUGCACCCAGAAACGGCUUACCGGCUAAGGAUACAGGCAGUGAACAGCAUUGGCACUGGGCCCUUCUCGAGCUACAUCAAAUUUACGACGUCCCCUCUGCCGCCUAAGCCGCCCAAGCUGGAGUGCGCUCAGACUGGUUACGCACAUCUGAAACUGCGCUGGGGAGAAGGUAAGAACCUAGACUUGGCGCGUUACUUCGUAGAGAAGGAAAACAAACGUACGCGCGAGUUCCAAAACGUGUACACGGGCACGCGUAACACAUGCAAGGUGAUAAAUCUAAUCGAGCAGACCAGUUACACCUUCCGGAUAUGCGUGGAGACGCGGCACGCAGGCAAAGGCGAUUUCUCGGAUGGUUACAGCUUCACGACAGCGGUAGCAGUACCGAACAGCAUCAAGGCACCGCGCGUUUGUGCCGACUCGACUUCCGCCUUGGUCUCCUCCAAUGGUAAUGCUGGAGUGUGGGAUCCCAAUCGUAGCGGAUCGCUCACAGUCGAAUGGCAGACGAGUCGAAAUAAUCCAUUCACCGACUCAAUUGAAUACAUUCUGCAGAUGGCCAAAGCUAAGGACCAAGAAUUUCAACAGGCCUAUCGUGGACCCGAGACGCGUUUUACGGUCCUUAACUUGCAGCAUGGCAUAACCUACACGUUCAAGGUGUGUCCAGUGCGUGUUCGCCCGAAUGGGGAACAUGUAUGCGGCUCAUUUUCCCCGGUGCUGCAUCAUCAUUUGUCGGCCAAUGUACCCAGGUCAAGUGCACAUGUUGGUCGCAAUGGACACGGCACGGAUGACGUUGAUGGACGAACUCUGUUCCAAGGCAAUGUGGUCAACAGUCGAGGCGAACUAGUGCUAACCAAAUCGUCGGUUGGCGCUGGUAUGCUCAUGACGGGCAACAACGGAUAUGGUCCAGACUCCAGCGGACAUCUUCAUGGUGCACGGGGCGACACCGUUGCAUCUUCAACUCUGCAGCAGCUGCAACAGUUCUUUGAGCCCGACUCGAGCAAAGCGGUUGUGUGCGUGUUUGCGUUCUUCCUAUUGUCCAUAAUUGUUGCCGCUUUCCUCAAAUAAUUUCCCUAUCCGUCGUGAAUGUCACCUCACAAAUGUUUUGUGUUGUCCUACAUACAUGUUAUGUCCGUCUGGGAUGUCUUGUCUCAUGUCGCAACGUAGGUAACUGAAACAACAAUU